ACAGACUGCAGCGUUCAGAGGGCGAUGCUGAGGACAGUCCAGAGUCCACUGCAGGAAACCACGUUUACAGAGAGACGUUUAGCGCUUUCCAGCAACAUGGCCGGCCUGUGGAGGGGAAAACUGAUCCUUUAAAUCUAAAUAAAAUGUGUAAAGUUGAGCCCGUAAUCUAAGACGAAGCUUUCCUAAAUUGGUACAUUUGUGAAUGGAGUUUAGUUGGGUUUUAUAAUGAGACUCCUGACAGAAAACAGUGUGUGACGUCAGAGUGCAAACAUGAGUGUGUGUUCGCAGCAGACCCAGUGUCAUGGCGGUCAGCAUCAUGUCGGCUCGCUGUGCGGCUUUUCUUCUGGCGCUAACCGCUUGCUUCCUUCAGGUUCUCAUCCAAGGACAAGUGUUUCGGGCCCCUCAGGACGUGUUUCGGGCCCCUCAGGAUGUGUUCCUGCGCUCGCGGCGUGCUAACAGGUUCCUGGUGGAAGAGAUCCUGCAGGGGGACCUGGAGCGGGAAUGCUACGAGGAGCUGUGCAACUACGAGGAGGCGCGGGAACACUUCGAGGACACGCCCACUACGAUCGCCUUCUGGACCGUUUACAACGAUGGGGACCAGUGCGACCCGGACCCCUGCCUCCACGGAGGAAACUGCACCGACCGGGUGGGGGGGUUCCUGUGCCUCUGCCCCCCCCCUCACCACGGCCUCACAUGUGAGCUGGGGGCCCCCAGAUGCCCGCCCACUGCACCACUGGUCACCUCCCCAGAGAUCUCAGAGUGUCCGACCGGCGGCCCGGCGGCGUGCGACCAGCUGUGCACGGCGUCCGUCGGCUCGUUCGUGUGCUCCUGCGUGACGGGCUUUAGACUUCAGGCGGACGGGCGGAGCUGCCGGGCUGAAGCGGAGUUCCCCUGCGGACGGAUUCCUGGCGAGCUCAACACCACGGCUCCGAUGUGUCGCCACGGAAACUGUCCCUGGCAGGCAUCCCUGUUGGACAGCAGAGGGGCUGCGCUGUGUGGCUGCGCUGUGAUUGGUCCUCGCUCCGUGCUAACCCCGGCCCGCUGCCUCCUCACGGCCGCAGCUCGGCCCCCCCGACCCUCAGACUUCACCGUGGCUGCUGGCAAUAAGGAGCUGGUCGCCGUGCGGGCGCUCUACAUCCAUGGCCGCUUCCGUGAGCAUCACCGUGACGACGACCUCGCCCUGCUGGAGUUGACGAGCCCCUUGAACUUUGGCCCCGAUCUCACCCACCUUUGCCUCCCCCCCGCUAAGGACUUCAGUGAGAACAUCCUGAUGCAUUCUGGGAGGAAGGGUGUCGCCGGGGCCAAGAGACUCGUCUACAAGACGCUGGACGAGUGUCGGCGGAGCGUGAACGUCUCCCACCCGCUCAGCAACAAGAUGUUCUGCAUGGGGGGGCAGGACGGAGCGGGGGGGGGGCAAAAUCAGGCGGACGGCAGGCAAAAAGGGAGGCAGGAUGGAGCUGGGGGGAGGCAGGAAGGAUUUGGGGGGAGACAGGAUGGAGCUGGGGGGAGGCAGGAUGGAGCGAGGGGGAGGCAGGAAGGAGCUGGGGGGAGACAGGAUGGAGCUGGGGGGAGGCAGGAUGGAGCGAGGGGGAGGCAGGAUGGAGCGAGGGGGAGGCUAAAUCAGGGGGAGGGGAGGCAAAAUAGACCUAAACGAGCCCAGCGGAGCCUUAAUGAACAUUUAGGGAGUCACAGCGGGGGGGAGGGGGGGCGAGAUGGUCCUGAUCGAGACCAUGAGGGCCAAAACUGGCAUCUAAGAAACCCAAACAGCACCUUCAGGAGCCUGGAUGAAGCCUUCGGGAAUCAGAAUGGAGCCCGGUGGUGUGGGGGCUUGUUGCCGGGGACGCCGGUUGCCACGGUGGAGCGCGGGACCGCGUUCCUCACCGGGCUGCUGAUGACAUCAUCAUGUGGGGGGGGCGACGGCAGGGGGGGAUUGGUGUUCACCAAACUGUCCCGGUACCUGAGCUGGAUCCGGCCACGGCUGAAGUCCAUUGAGGGUCAAAUUACCUCACAGGUCCAGCUGUACCCCGAGCAGCGCUGAAGGACUUCAUGAAGGACUUCCUGAAGGACUUCAUGAAGGACUUCCCGAAGGACUUCCCGAAGGACUUCAUGAAGGACUUCCCGAAGGACUUCCCGAAGGACUUCCCGAAGGACUUCCCGAAGGACUUCCUGAAGGACUUCCUGAAGGACACUCUUAUUUGAAAUAUUGUGAUGUUCUUCUCAAAGAACCACGUCUGUCCUCACCUUUAGAGACUGUAACUGUUUGGAUAAAUUUCUGUUUCACAGAUUAUAAAGACUCCAGUACCCACAAUGCACCAGCCCAGCCUGAGUGUUAGUCAGGUUAAUAAAGAGGGGAGGAACGCGGUGUACAAGCUUCAGAUUUUAUUCAACAUCAAACACUUUCCGGUACAAAAUCAAGAAUGUUUGAGUAGAAGGGAUUGUGGGUAACGUAGUCUAUGAGACGGAGGACAGAGCAGGGAAUGGGUUCUGUUUACUGACCACGAGCUUCUGGUGCUGGUGGGAGAUGUAGCCUUUGAUGUGACCCUGAGGAAACCACAGAAGAAGGCUUACUGUUAGCGGCCCCCGCUGCAGUAAAACGCCUCACUAAAAACACUUGGUUUUAUUGUGAAACUGUUUGAUUAAAAAAGUGUCUGAUUCAA